AGCUGCUUGCCUUGCCAGUUGAUCCUGUCCUCCCACACCAGCGCUGUCUGUUUUUCUCCUUGGGACUUAGGGGCUCAUCAACAACACCAAGAUGUCUUCAGAAGAAGAAGUAAAAAAGGAAGAGGGCCAUCACUGCCCGCCGGCAGCAUCUCAAGAGUGUUAUGCUCCAAAUUGCUGCUACUGAACUUGAAAAAGAAGCUGCAUCUAAAGAGCAAGAAAAAGCCGACUACCUGGCAGAGCACUGCCCACCUCUGCAUCUUCCCCACUCUAUGCAAGAACUGCAGGAACUGUGCAAGAAGCUUCAUGCCAAGAUAGAAGAGGUUGAUGAAGAAAGAUAUGACACAGAGAUGAAAUUACAGAAGACUACUAAGGAGCUUGAAGACUUGAACCAGAAACUAUUUGAUCUGAGAGGCAAGUUCAAGAGGCCCCCCUUACGUAGGGUCCGCAUGUCUGCUGAUGCUAUGCUGAGGGCCCUUCUCGGCUCCAAGCACAAAGUCUGCAUGGAUCUUAGAGCCAACCUGAAGCAAGUCAAGAAGGAAGACACUGAAAAGGAGAAGGAUCUGCGUGAUGUGGGUGACUGGAGGAAGAACAUCGAGGAGAAGUCUGGAAUGGAGGGCAGAAAGAAGAUGUUUGAAGGUGGUGGUGGAGAGUAAGAAGAACUCAGCCAUGUGGCCGGAUCCCUUUCCAUGUCUCCAAUGCUCCUCUGCCAACCAUCCUGUCACGUCAUUUUUCUGCCAAUCCUUUUACAGCAUGACUUUUACAGGACGACUUUCUCCGGCCACAGCUGUACUUCACAGAGCAAUUUCUCCUACAGAACCUACCUGAAACCUGCCCCCUGUUUUCUUUGCUGGGCAGGCAAUUGUCUGGAGCUGCAAAAUGUCUUCAAUACGUUUUGUGACAAGUGGUAGUUGCAUGAGCUUAAAGGAGCCAGUCCUCCUUGGUAGGAUCUGUUGUUGCAAAGUGAACGAAGCGGAUGUAAAUAAAGCUUUGAAAGUAUGGCUGCAUUUUUAAGCCCUGA